AUGCGCAAGAACAAAAUCUCGAACCUCAUCUAUAGUCGCCCCCCUCGUGCCCGUUGCUCAUGCUCCGCCGGUCGCUUCUCGUCCCUCCCGUUUUUCGCGUCCCUAUCGUCGAUCCCAAUCUUCCCGUCGCCCUCGUCGCGUGGGCGCCACUCCCGUCACUCCCCUCCCGUCCCUCCCAUCGCUUGCUUCCUCCGCUCGCUUCCCUCCCGUCGCUUACUUCCUCCGCUCGCUUCCCUCCCGUCGCUCACUUCCUCCGCUCGCUUCCCUCUCGUCGCUCACUUCCUCCGCUCCCGUCCCUCCCGUCGCACCCACCUACGCUUUCUCCCCGUGUCCACGCUUUACCAUCAGCUCCCUCCCGAAUUCUCAUUCCGCAUACCCCCAUACGCAUUCCCCCUUCCGCGUUCCCCCUUCCGCGAUCCCCCUUCCACGUUCCCCCUUCCGCGUUGCCCCUUCCGUGUUCCCCCUUCCGCGUUCCCCCUUCCGUGUUCCCCCUUCCGCGUUCCUCCUUCCGCGUUCCCCCUUCCGCGUCCCCCCUUCCGCGGAACCCCUUCCGCGAACCCGCUUCUGCAUUCCCUCUUCCCCAUUCCCCCUUCUGAAUUCUCCCUUCCACAUUCCCCCAUCCGCAUUCCCCCUUCCAAAUUCCCCUUUCCGCAUUCCCCCAUCCACAUUCCCCCUUCCGCAUCCCCCUUGUAG